ACCUAACCAAUACCUCAAAAAUUUUCCUCUUUCUCGUGUAAAACAUAGAUAAAGAACAUUAUAAAUUGACUUGAUUUUUCCUCUCUCCUCAUACUUCAUUGUGAAAGUUUAUUGCGAACGUAAAAAAUGUCCGAGUGUAACGAAUUUGUGUGCAUCGUCAAAGAACAGCCUGAUGGCACAACGAGCAUCAGAAAAUUUAAAUUUGAAUGUGAGAUGAAAGAUGGCCCUCAGAAGAGUGAAGCGGAAGAGAGUAAAAAAGAAAUCAUCAGCAAGAUGGAGGUGUAUGAUUCCGAAUGGGAUGAUGAUGCCACAAUAAUACAGACAAGCAAUAGAUCCUUCGUAAGCAUACCAAACCCCUCAUCUUCACGAUGUAUUUCAAACAGAGGAAAAUCGCCUUUUGAGCUACAAGAAAUAGGAGAGAUGGAUGACAAUUAG